UUGAUAUUAUUCCCGAACAUGAAGAUAUUAAAGACAAAAGAUGAAUAUAUAGAGCCACCACGUAAGAAAAAAAAAACAAAAGAAAAGACUGAUUCCAGCCUGUUCGCUGUUGUUAGUUUGGACGAUCCAGAGUAUAAUGAACAAAGACCAGUUAAUAAAGGUGUUUUAGAAUUUAGAGAUAAACACUUCUAUGGUAAAAGAUUACCACGAAAAAAUA